AUGGAUAUAGAUCGGUUUGUGUCAACCGAAGAAGACCUAGCUUACGAGUAUGAGCUUCAGACCCAGUCUAAGAACUUUUUGACAUGGAGCAGAUACCUUGAAUACAAGAAAAGCCGCGAUGAUCCGGUGGCUCUCGCCUGGCUAUAUGAACGUUGCACUAAUGAGUUUCCGAAUUCAGUUGAUCUUUGGUUAGAGUAUCUUAAGUGGAGAACAGAUCUUAUUCACACAUUAAAUGCGGUUUUUUAUGUUGAUGAAUUUACGAAAUGCAAUGCUCUUUUUGAGAGGGCGUUGGGAUGGUGUUAUGAUAAUGAUCGCAUAUGGAUAAUGUACCUGAAGUUUGCCGAGCAACAGCGAGAUCUAGGAAUGAUUCGAUCGAUAUUGAACAGAUCUCUGAGGUGCGUAUCUCUGGAAAAACAUCCUCGCAUAUGGGAAUCUAUAAUUUCAUUUAUUGAGGACGACCUGCUUCAGAAUGCUAACUUCUUAGAGGACAAUGAACUAGAGUCUUUAAUGCAUGAUGCUCUAUUCGGAAAAGAAGAAAAAAGAUCAAACUCCCCAGAUUUGUGGUCUUCUCAUAUGCUCGCCAGAUACCUGGAGAUAACAGACAGCGUUGAACACACACUGUAUCUAUUGGGCCUUACUGGUGACGAGGAAGCAGUGAGGCGUCUCUACGAAAGGUACUUAUUUCCAGAUACGUUUUCAACAGUGAAUUACAAACAGCAUGAUUUUUACCUUCGAUAUAUCAACGCAUUGGGCCAAGUGGGGACUGAGGAAGAAUUUCAGGAGGGAGUUGAAAAAACGAUCAUUAAAUUCCCUCACUUGUCGUCCUCCUUAAUGGUGGAGCUUGCUAAAAACUUUAUUAUGCGGUCUAAAAUACCGUUGGCAAGGUCAACGCUGGACAAUGCUCUUAAAGCAACUACGAAGACACGAGAUUUUUCAGUCAUUUAUGAUUUUUACUUGAAAUUCUUGGAAGUGCUUUUAGAAACCAUAGUUCAGGAAAUUCGAGCAAAUCCUGACAUUCAACCAGCUUGGGAGCAGGAUUUGACCUAUAAUUUUAACUUGCUUGAACAUUUGACGAAUACACACGAGCUCUUACUCAAUGAUUUGAAAGUGAGACAAGAUUGCAAUAAUGUCAGUACAUGGGUAGCAAGAGCAAACUUGUUCCCUUCAGUUAAAGAGAAAUGUGAAGUUUACGUGAACGCAAUACUGGCCAUCGAUCCUGGUGAGGUCCACGAGGCCAGCGUUUUGGGUCAACUUUGGUGCAAUUACGCCAAAUUGUUCAUUGAAGCAAAAGAUUAUGAGUCGGCGAGAGAAACUUUUGACCGUGCACUUCGGGUACCAUUCAAGUACAAGGAAGACCUCGAAGUUAUAUGGCUUUGCUGGGCCGAAAUGGAAUUAGAAAUAGAAGGCUUUGAGGGGGCCACUAAACUAUUGGAAAAGGCAUUAAAAAUACCGAAGCAUCCAGAAUUACUGAUAGAGAAGUAUGACAAGGGAGGUAAGGAUUUUCCUGCUCAAGCAGUUAUAUUCACAUCCUUAAAGCUAUGGGCAAUGUAUCUAGAUGUCAUGGAAGCCAGCUGCGAAAGUUCUGACCAAGUAUCAAAAACACGGGAAGCUUAUAAUAAUAUGAUUGGUCUCAAACUCGCAACACCCUUGAUUUUUAUUAAUUAUGCUCACUUUUUACAAGCCCAAAACAUGUGGGACGAAAGCUUUCAGAUAUAUGAACGUGCCAUUGCAGCCUUUCCACCACAGACGAAAUAUGAGCUUUGGAACAUUUACUUGGGGGAGUGUAGCGAGCAAAAUCUGUCAACGGAAAGGCUGCGCGAUUUAUUCGAACAAGCUUUGGAACUAGCAAAGCAUGGAAUUGAUUGUUCUUCCUUUUUCCUUCUCUAUAGUAAUCUGGAGAAGUCUAAUGGGCUCUACAAGAGGUCCGUUGAUAUAUUGUAUCGUGGCUGUAAGGAGACUAAUGCUCUUCAAUCUAAAGUUCUAUUAUGGCGCAGUUGUCUCGAUGCAUCAAAGAAUUUUUUGGGAGACGAAGAUUCACGUCCAUUCUAUGAAGAGUGCAUAAAGACAUUACCAAAUUCGAAAGUUAUCAUGUUUGUAAUCGAUUUUGCUAAAGUCGAAGAGAGGUUACAAGCUUAUGAACGCAGUCGUGCAAUACUAAAAUUUGGUGCUCAGCUUCUGCAUCCUGACCAGAAUAAAAUUUUAUGGGAUUUCUGGAACGAAUUUGAGGUACGACACGGAAGUAAGUCCACUUACAAGGACAUGUUGAAAUUCAAAAGGCAUGUAGGUGACAAUUUUAAGGUUGAUACAGAGCAAGUGACAUCCAAGGAAGGAAAUGUGGCUUUCAUUGCGUCAUCUGAUGUGGGAGGUACUCAUUCCGCUCCGGAAAGUUCCCAAGUUACUAACCCUGAGGAAAUUUCAUUGGAUCUUUAG